AUGAAGACUACAUUUCUUCUUCUCUGUGCCAUCUUCGGAUGUGCUGUUGCUAUGAGACAACAGGCAGUUGCUGUCUCUGGAAAACUAAUGUGUGGAUCGAAGCCGGCAUCUGGAGUCAAAGUGAAGCUGUGGGAUGAGGACGAUGGACCAGAUCCAGAUGACGUUCUUGAUGAAAGUUUCACCAACACUGAUGGAACAUUCCGUCUCGAAGGAUCCGAACGGGAAUUGACAAACAUUGAUCCCGUUUUCAAGGUCUAUCAUGAUUGCGACGAUGGAAUUCUUCCAGGACAGAGAAAAGUGAAGUUCCGUAUUCCAAACAGCUACAUUUCUGCAGGAGGACGUGCUAGCAAGACCUUUGACAUUGGAAUUCUCAAUCUCGAGACUAUUUUCCCAAAGGAAGAACGCGAUCUUUUGUAA